UAUCUUCUUGAACGCGUCCUUUCUCCGCCGAAUUUAUUUUGGCAUGUUGCCUUCUCCUCCAUUUUCCUGCUACAUUGCCUUGCCCACGCAUUUUUUCCCCCCUCUUUCUCCCCCACCCUACAGCUCCCUUCCCCUCAGCAAUCCCUGUUCCCCCUCCACCCCUUACACGCCACCUUCACUUGCUCUCUCCUCUUGCCUCCUAACCGAUUAGGUUGCUGCCAUGAUGGCCCAUGUUCUCGCUUCUGCUCACCUCUCCCCACAAUCAAGCAUUUUCUCUUCCCUUCCUGUUUUGCUGCUUUUGCUUCUCACCUCGCCUUGCCCUUGCCGCUGCACCGGGUCGAUUUCAGCUGGUUCCUCUGCCUUGUUCUUCAGGUUCCACCUGUCUAUUGCUACAGCUUUAGUGUAUUUCAAGAUGUAAAGAAAGUGGAGGAAAAGCUUAAACUUGAUGAGGAAAUUGGAGAAAAUGGUGCCAAGAAGGAUGACACUCCGAAUGAGCUGUCACAGACAGGGGAUACUAGUGAAUCAGUGAGGUUGCCGUGGGAGAGUGAGAGUGAUCAACAAUAUCAUGAAGGGAAAGGAUUAAGAAAAAGUAGCACUGAGGUGGCAGAGAAAGUAAUACCUGAGCCUGAAUUGAAGAGGCUUAGGAAUUUGGCUUUAAGGAUGGUAGAGAGAAUAAAGGUUGGGCCAGCCGGUGUAACGCAGGCGUUGGUGGACUCUAUUCAUGAGAAGUGGAAGCUGGAUGAGGUGGUGAAGCUGAAAUUUUAAGGUCCUACUGCCAUGAAUAUGAGGUGGACACACCACAUUCUAGAGAGUAGAACUGGAGGUUUGGGUUAUUUGGAGAUGAGGCAGUACAGUGGUAUUGUACAGAGGCAUGGGAUACAAAUUAGAUUGUGUAUGGUCGUAUCCUAGAUAAGGAAAAAGGAAUUUGAAUCUUCAGGAGUUCAGGUGAAUAAUUUUGCUCGAAGCAUCGGUGCCUCAUGCUGUGCUGAACCAUCGACUGCUAAAUCUUAUUCGAAAAACCUAUCAGUCAAAGAACUCAAGGAUCUAAGUGAGCUCAACCUACUGCUGGACGGACUUGGUCCGCGGUUCAAAGAUUGGUCAGGGCGUGAACCAAUGCCUGUUGAUGCUGACUUGCUUCCUGACGUUGUUCCUGGAUAUAGACCCCAUUUAGGCUUCUACUUCAUGGGAUAAGACAUAGUUUUUGUGAGAAAGAAAUGACAUUUUUCCGUAGCAGUGCCAGAGUAUUGCCUCCACAUUUUGCCCUAGG